UAUAAUUGCAAAAACAAAUACAAAUCCGGGGCAAGCAAAUCCGGAAUCGGCCCCCUUACAUUCGUCCUUUGUUGUGCAACAAUGUCUUGGAUCAUCAACAACAUUCCUUAAUUCUUCUUCUUCUUCUUCUUCUUCUUCUUCUCCUCUGAGAUUCAUGCAUAUGGAAACCCAGUAUUCUGCUGCUUCACAUUCCUACAGUUCGGCGAUGAAGAUGACAAUUCCGCCGUCUCAACAUGCCGACAAUGACCGGAGCACCACCGAGCUUCGCGCCUUGGACUGCAACCUCACCUCCCUUUGCGACCACAUUCAGAUUGAGGGCUUUAACUCUGGCGCAUUCUCUGACAUCAUUGUCCAUGCCAUGGGCUCCACGUACCACCUCCAUCGCUUAAUUCUCUCGCGCAGCUCUUACUUCAGGAAUAUGCUUCACGGGCCGUGGAAAGAAGCCAGUGCUCCUGUUCUGACCUUGCACGUUGAUGAUAAGAAUGUCAAUGGGGAGGCAAUUGCUAUGGCUUUAGCAUAUCUCUAUGGACAUCAUCCUAAGUUGAAUGAUAAUAAUGCGUUUCGUGUUCUUGCUGCUGCCUCUUUUCUCGACCUUCAGGAUUUGUGUGCAAUAUGCACAGAUUUUAUUAUAGCUGAACUGUGGACUUCAAAUUUCUUGGCUUAUCAGGUAUUUGCGGAGAGCCAAGAUUAUGGAAUACAUGGAGAACGUGUGAGAAUUGCUUGCUGGGGUUACCUUUGUCAAAGUGGUGCUAUUGAGUUGAAAGAGGUGCUUCCAAAGCUUUCAUCUCAGACAUUGUAUGCUUUGCUGACCUCUGAUGAAUUAUGGGUGCCUAGCGAGGAGAGACGGUUUGAACUGGCAUUAUAUGCGUUCCUUGCUAAAGGGGCUCUUUGUAAGGAGGAACCUUCUGGACCAGGUUGUUCCAGUUCUGAGACUGAGAAUUCCAAGGCACAAGAAAAUUCUUCAGUAGAUUCCACUAAUGAAAGGUUGGAAUCAGAGCUUGGACAUUUAAGUUUGAAAGAUGGCCUAGAGGUCAAUAGAACUGCUUCUAAUUAUCUUGGUCAGCUUCCCGACUCUGUGGUUGACUUCCAAACAGGGGCCUCCAACUCUAAACAAAAGAUGCAACAAGUUGCAUACUCUCAGUCAAAUUUAAAACCACCAUUUUUGUGCAAUGUGGAAGGGUCAUCAGCUUUAAAUAAUUCAUUCUCUGAUACGAAUGGAAUUCUAAGCUCAUGUUCCUAUAUUAACUUGCCAAUUACAGUUGGAGUAAGUGGACUUGGUGCAAGUGGAGUUGCCAUGGAAGGGCCAUCGGAAGAAGGCUGCUAUCAAUUGGAUAACAAUACUUGGCUUGCCACAGACCAAACAAGCCAUUGUUCCACUGCAAACUCUUCUGCCAAUGGACUCCCUUCAAAUGAUUGGGGAAGAUGUGGCAUGCCUGCUGUUUCAUGGGGUGGCAGGGUUGUAGGUAGAAGGCAACUUAAAAGUUAUGCUAAAGGCAACUUAGGUGCAAGGGGAGAGGAUUAUGAUGUUUUUGAUAGUCUAUUUGAAGGGGGUUCACUUUUGUACUGCAACAUGACUUUUGAAGCUCUUCUAAACAUGAGAAAACAACUUGAGGAGUUGGGUUUCCCUUGCAAAGCUGUUAAUGAUGGUCUUUGGCUGCAGAUGCUUUUAAGGCAAAGGGUACAAGAGAUUGUUGCUGAUACAUGCAAAAAUUGCUGCCUUACAAGUUUAGCAUGUGCAUGCCGACAGCCAUUUGCAUUUGCACGUGGAGUCAAUGCCUCAGGAUACUAUAUCAAUGAACAUGAUCAGAACAGUUCUCCUGGCAGUGUGGGAAACAUAUAUGUUGCUGAAUCUUCUCAAGGGGAUGGAAAUGGCCCAUCCAAACCUGUCCGAGUACACGUUAGGGGGCCGGUUGAAGGGCUUGCUGGAAUUGGACGUGGAACCACUUUUGUGCCAGCGAGUGCCUUGCCUCCAACACGCUUUGUCUGCUCCCGUGUACCCAUUGGCGUGGGCAACAGAAAUUGUCAUCAGUUGCUGGCUAAUGAUGAUCCAGAGGCUAGAGCUGAGCACAGUGGGGACUUGUCUGGAGAUGGAUUGACGGCAUUGGUUGGAUUGAGCCAAGGAGGGGGUGGCAGUAUGAAUGCUCAGGGAGAACCGACAGAGAGAGGAUAUGAGAUGGAACUGCAAAGCAGAAUAUCUGCCUGUAUGGCAGGUCCAAGUGCCACUGGUAUUCCUGUUCAGAUGCUUCAAUCUGAUCAUGCUCUUGGAAUUGAGUGGGAGAAUGAAAACAGUACAAUUGCAUUGGAUAUGAAAACACCUUUAAGCCACUUCCCUCCUUUUCGCUUUGGCGUGCAAUUUGAGGACGUUCAUAGGCUUAAUGAUGGCCAAGUCAAGCAUUCACCUGAGUUUUUCUAUGCUGGUUCUUUAUGGAAGGUUAGUGCUCAAGCAUUUAAUGACGAAGACCCUCAAGGACGUCGAACUCUAGGAUUAUUUCUUCACAGGCGGAAGGCAGAAAUAUCUGAUUCUCUCAGAAAGGUCCAUAUGUUUGUGGAUUCUCGUGAAAAAGUUACUGCGCGAUAUCAGCUGAUAUGUCCAUCAAAGAGGGAGGUGAUGGUGUUUGGCAACUUCAAACAAACAGGAACGCUUCUACCGAAAGCGCCCAAGGGAUGGGGUUGGCGCACAGCUCUCCUAUUCGACGAGCUUGCGGAUUUUCUUCAACAUGGAGCCCUGAGGGUGGCUGCAGUUGUGCAGCUUGUUUGAGCAACGGUAUGUAUGUAUUUAUUAUUAUGAUGGUACCCCCCCCCCCCCCCCCCCCCCCCCCCCACAGUAGGUUUUUCUUUCUCUGAGAGGUGCCUCUAAAAAAGUUGAGCCAGUCUGCACACACAUCUUUGGGGGGAAAAAAUGCCCUUUUGGAUUUGGUCUGAAGGUUUGAGUAAGGGAAAUGUCUUACUUGGCCUUUUAAGUUUAAAAAAUGAGACAGUUUAAUAAAUGGUUCAAAUUGAUCUCUGGUAUUAGCUUCUUGUUAGUGACACUAAUGAAAAAGUGAUAUGGCAUCCCCAUUUUUUAAUUAGUUGGCAUCUUAGAUGGCAUCUCUGAGACAGGGGAGAGCUUGUAAGGAGAGAGAAUAAGGAAGAAAUAAAACGGCACGUAAGAAGUAUGUAAAAAACUUGUAGAAUACUUACAAAUCGACAUCAGCACAUUAUCAACUACUUAUUCAGUCAUAUUUUCAAUAGUUUCAUUAAUGAAAGAGUAAUUUCAGAGACCAAUUUGAAUCAUUCUCUUAAACUUGUAAGAGUUAAAUGUCACAUUUUGAAACUUGGGCAAAUUUUGUCAAGGGACCAAAAGAAUGUAUCUUUCCCACAUGUGUAUUAUUGUAGUCUGAUUGUAAUCCUAGAUUUAUAACAUUUAAUCUAUUGAUAAUUCUUUUGGCUUUGAAGAA